UUUAACUUACUGCUUUCUUUCUGCUUCAGGAAUGAACUUUGACACCAUAACCAAUGGCGAAUGUGGAACCAUCUUCUAUAAGGCCCCAGAAUUAUUCCGUGGUCAAUACACAAGAUCAGUAGACUGGUGGGCACUGGGAGUGACCAUUUAUGAACUGCUCACUGGAAUCGUACCAUUUAAUGGAACAACUACACUUGAAAUUUAUGUAAUCAUCAAAAGUGAGGAGCCAAAAUAUCCAGAAGAUAUAACUGAGGAUACGCUCAGUAUAUUAGUAAAUCUCUUAAAGAAAGAUGCACAGCUUCGCCUUGGGACAGGUGAACAUGGUACAGAGGACGUGAAGAAGAGUCCAUUCUUUGAGGGAUUAGACUGGGUGGCUCUUGAAAAUAAAGAAAUCCAGCCCCCAUUUAUCCCUGAAAGAAGACCACACGAACAACCAGAAACAGAACUGGAAUUAAAAACGGAGGUUAAAGCAAAACUGUGGGAAGACACCCAAUGGGGAUUAGAUGACCUGAAAUACCCCAUGGGUUCAUCUUUUGAUAGCGAAACAUAA